GGUAACGGCUACUACUGGCUGCUGCCCCUCUAGAGAUCAUGUCUCUCAUUGACCACUAUGAUACGUUUCUGUUUGAUUGUGAUGGAGUUGUCUGGCGAGGUCUGGAGCAGGUUUCCGGAGCUUCUCAUGUCCUAAAUCAUCUCAUUUCUCUUAACAAAAAUGUGAUUUUUGUUACUAACAAUAACACAAAAACAAGAAAAACAUUCAGAGAUUCAGUAAAGAGUAUUUUGGGUAUUUCUGUGUCACAUGAUAAGUUGUAUAGCUCAGGCAUAACAGCUGCCCUCUAUGUUAAAAGAAGAUUAAAGCCAGGAGAAAAGAUAUUUUUGAUUGGUACUAAGGGACUUUCUGAAACAAUGGAAGAAAAUGGAGUGGACCACAUUGGGUAUGGUUGUGAUAUAGAUGGUAAUUAUUUUACUGACUUUGUAGACUUCGUUCCAGAAAGCAAUGUCAAAUUCGUGGUUGGAGCAUUUGACAACUAUUGUAACUAUGCCAAGAUGGCACAGGCAUUUAUCUACAUCAAAGAAUGUGGCGCAGAAUACAUUGCUACAAACCUGGACCUGACUUGCAAUAUAAGCAAAACCAGACAGCUUCCAGGCACAGGGAGUGUUCUCGCGGGACUGACUCAGAGUUUGGGUGUGCAACCAAAGGUUAUAGGUAAACCCUCCACUAUCAUGUUUGAUGUGAUAAGUGCGGAUCAUAAUUUACAAGAUAAGUCUAAAGUUUUGAUGGUGGGUGACAACUUAUCCACUGAUAUACAGUUUGGUAUAAAUGCAGGAAUAGACACUGCACUUGUGUUAACUGGUGUCACUAGUAGGGAUAUGUUAAAUAAAGAGGGAUGUGUAAAACCAACUCAUGUUCUAAAUAGCAUUGCUGAUAUAAAAUAGUUGUCCUUAUUUUGUACAAAUUACAAUAUUUCAUCAGCUUCAUGUUUAGACUUAAAUUAAUUUGUUAUUAAAUUAGGGUAGGGAUAAUCGAUUAUUAUGAGAAUAGUUUCUGUGGUUAGUGUGUGACAGUUAUGUUUAUUUUUUACCUGUUCUUUUAAUCUUCAUUGUGUAUAAAAAUAGCUUAAUUUUAAAGUUGAUUUUAUCAAGUGUACUACUUUUGUACUUUUAUCAUCCUGUAAAUCUAAAGAUUUCAACAUGACAAUUGCUCAUAACGAAAUUGUUAAAUAUUCUACAGUUUCUCUAGUUCCCAACAUUAUGCCAGGUUAAUAUCUAUGACUUACAUGUGAUGCCCUUAUAAGGAGUGAAAGCCACAUGUCCUUUACAGAUCGUUACAACACAUUUCUCUUUGACUGUGACGGUGUUGUUUGGCGUGGUAAAAAUCCAGUUUUAGGUGCUCCUGAAGUGUUAAAACAUCUCAUUUCUCUCAACAAAAAUGUGAUUUUUGUUACCAACAAUACUUCAAAAACAAGAGCGGCAUACAGGGAUACGUUUAAGAGUGUUCUUGGUAUUUCUGUGACAGAUAACCAAGUUUAUAGUGCUGGCAUAACAGCUUCCCUCUAUGUUAAAAGAAGAUUAAAGCCAGGAGAAAAGAUAUUUUUGAUUGGUACUAAGGGACUUUCUGAAACAAUGGAAGAAAAUGGAGUGGACCACAUUGGGUAUGGUUGUGAUAUAGAUGGUAGUUAUUUUACUGACUUUGUAGACUUCGUUCCAGAAAGCAAUGUCAAAUUCGUGGUUGGAGCAUUUGACAACUAUUGUAACUAUGCCAAGAUGGCACAGGCCUUUAUCUAUAUUAAAGAAUGCGGCGCAGAAUACAUUGCUACAAACCUGGACCUGACUUGCAAUAUAAGCAAAACCAGACAGCUUCCAGGCACAGGGAGUGUUCUCGCGGGACUGACUCAGAGUUUGGGUGUGCAACCAAAGGUUAUAGGUAAACCCUCCACUAUCAUGUUUGAUGUGAUAAGUGCGGAUCAUAAUUUACAAGAUAAGUCUAAAGUUUUGAUGGUGGGUGACAACUUAUCCACUGAUAUACAGUUUGGUAUAAAUGCAGG